GUUUUCUCUCAUUUCAGGAUCCAGGGUUUAUUUGUAUUCAGGUUCCGGAGUUUAUUUCUAUUCAGCAUCUGGGGUUUAUUUUUGAUGAAUCCGAGUUUAGUCUCCGGUCCGAUGCUCCACAGGCCCCGGGCUGGAUUCGGACUCUCCCCGGGCCCAGGCUCCGGUCCCCGGGCUGGAUUCGGACUCUCCCCGGGCCCAGGCCCCGGUGCCCGGGCUGGGUUCGGACUCUCCCCGGGCCCAGGCCCCGGUGCCCGGUCUGGGUUCGGACUCUCCCCGGGCCCAGGCCCCGGUGCCCGGUCUGGGUUCGGACUCUCCCCGGGACCAGGCCCCGGUGCCCGAGCUUCUCUAUUUCGCUUUCAUCCCCCCGGGGCUGAGGCCCAAAUAUCUGCGGAACAUGACGUCGGUUUUUGGGGAGGUCGGGAGAGUUUUCAUCCAAGAAACAGACCAACGGCAGCAACAUCAACAGCAUCAUCAUCAUCAUGGUGGACAGGGGUCCUGGGGGAAGAAAAAGGCCUGGAGACGGGGGAGGGGCUUCACCGAGGGCUGGGUAGAGUUCCAGGACAAGGCUGUAGCCAAAAGUGUGGCCAGAAGUCUCCAUAACACACCGAUCAGCACUCGGAAGCGCAGCCUUUUCCAUGACGACUUGUGGAACAUAAAGUACUUGCACCGUUUCAAGUGGACACACCUGAGUGAAUGCCUGGCCUACGAGAAGCUGGUUAGCUGACAGAGGAUGCGAGCUGAGGUCUCCCAGGCCAAACGUGAGAUCAACUUCUUCCUCCAGAAUGUGGAGAAGAGUAAAGGUCUGGAGAAGCUGCAGGAGGUGAAGAAGAAGAAGGGGCAAGAGUGGCAGGAGAAGAGCUGGUACUUCCAGCAGCGGGCAACCGAGGCGCAGAUCCAGGCCAGUAAGGAGGCUGGCCGCAGGAGCAAGGCCCCAGUAGCUCGGAAGGCAGCUGAAUUCCACAGGAAAUCCCAGUCCAACAUCACACUUCUUGCCAAGAUCUUCAACCCCAUCACGGCACAGGAGUAGGCCCUUCUCAGGGAGAGUAGACUCUAGCUCAAGGUGGGUUGGGGGGUCAUGGCCUGCUCUUUCUCAAGCUGUGGGGAGGGUCUGCAGUGCUGGUAUGGGAUGGCUACCUCAUUGGCAAUGAAUGCUGCCUGUUCUAUGUGACGCCAAUCAUUUGCCGACGACCACUGUGGACCAGACUGGGCAAGGAUGGCAAGUCCAGGAGCAUUGGGCACUUGAGGAGCAGUCACGCUGGGGGCAGCUGGAACCUGGCUCUGUGCCCGAUGUAUGAAAAUGCCCAGCAACUCCAGUUAUGGUUUGAAACGCUGCAGCACUGGGGUGUGUCUGGA